CCCUCGGUGCCACUCAGCCCCUAGCAGCACAAAGCAGCUCCCAGCGACAGCCAUGGCCCACCAGUUCCACCACCUCGUCCUUCUCAUCCUCCUCGCCCUGGCCGGCGCCGGCGCGGUCACGCCGCGGCAGCUGUUUCUGGUGAGCCAGGCGCCCGUGGCGCUCACCAACCACCACGGCCAGCUCCUCACUGGCAACUACUCCGUGAACCUGCUCUGGUACGGCAGCUUCACCCUGGCGCAGCGCGCCGUCGUGGCCGACUUCCUGCUCUCCCUCUCGGCGCCCGUUGCCUCAGCCUCCGCGCCGUCCGUGGCCGCAUGGUGGGCCACCACCGCGCGGUACCAUCCGGGCGCGGCGCGGCUUACGCUCGGCCGCCAGGUGCUCGACCCGUCCCUCUCCCUCGGACGCCGGCUCUCGGAGACUUCGCUGGCGUCACUCGCCGCCCGCCUCUCCCCGCACCGCGGCUCCGUGGCCGUCGUGAUCACGGCCCCCGACGUCCUUGUAGACGGCUUCUGCCUCUCCCACUGCGGCCUCCAUGCGUCGGCAACCUCGGCCGCUGCCGCCGCACCAGCGGCAUCGCACGGUGUCGGUGCCGCGCCCGCGACCCGUCGGCGCGGCCGGUUCGCGUACGUGUGGGUCGGGAACUCCGCGGAGCAGUGCCCCGGGGAGUGCGCGUGGCCGUUCCACCAGCCGACGUACGGCCCGCAGGCGCCGCCGCUGGUGGCGCCGAACGCGGACGUGGGGAUAGACGGGGUGGUGAUCAACCUCGCGACGCUGCUAGCCGGCGCGGUGACCAACCCUUACGGCGGCGGGUUCUUCCAGGGCCCCGUCGACGCGCCGCUGGAGGCCGUGACGGCUUGCACCGGCGUGUUCGGGGCGGGCGCCUACCCGGGCUAUCCCGGGCAGCUGCCGGUGGACGCCGCCACGGGGGCCAGCUACAACGCCGUGGGGGUCGCCGGCCGCCGGUUCCUGCUCCCGGCCAUGUGGGACCCCAAGACCUCGCAGUGCUCUACUCUUGUGUAGGAGGAUGAGAUUGAAAUGGGCAAAAUGGAUGUGGCUUGGUGUAAGGAUCGAAGGCUGGGAGCUGAGAGACUCGGUGGGGGCUGCGUCUCUUGAUCUGAUGUUGUCAUUGUUCUAGUUCUUGUGGAUAUUUCGUGGUUGUUACUUCGAAUCUAAAAAAAUGUUGAAAAAUAGGCAGCAGCAUAACGUAGUGGUGGUCUGUAUUAAAAUAGCCUCGUAUCUGCGUUCGUACAUGGCGUUGUUCUUGAUGUUCUUGGAAUCUUGGUUUGCUCUCGUGUGA